ACUGUUUGUUCAAUAAGUAUCGUGAAGCGUCGAAAUGAAUCGAAAGCCUAAAGAUCCUCCCAAAGCAGUUUUUAAAUAUAGGCGGAUAUCAAUUUGCGAGUUGGAAAAACCAAAAGCGGGAGUGUUGAAAGACUGGAUCGAAGAGCUAGAUGCAGUGGAAGAAAGGAUAAAGCAUUUCGUCAGUUUAGAUAUGGGCCGUAUAAGGACUAUCUGCGACGAUGUAAACGAAUAUGAGCGGGUGUGUAAUGCUUUAGAGUUGGAGAUUCCGCGAGGGGAGCUCGGUCCAACCAUGGACUAUUCUCUUCAUAAUUUUCCAAUCAUUGGAAAAAGAAAAACUGCUCAUAAAAAACGCGCUGUACACGGAAAAAAACACAUCGAGGAAUCAGAAGAAGGAUCUUCAAAGAUAACAAUUUCCAGCGAGAUAGGAGAUGCCGAGUUCAGGAAGACUCUCUUCGAAUCCGCCAUGGUCAGAGCAUCCACAAAGAAAUCACACGUCUCACCUUACAGGGCUAAUUGGUCUGAAGAAAGCAUUGAUGAAUGCGUUGAAUAUAAAUCGGAACCCACGGAAUCUUCUUCAGUUCAAAGCCUGGAGACUAUUGGAUAUCUCAGCGAAGAUCUUUUCGUCAAUCCGGCAAAAUCACAGAACACGGAGCUUCUUGAGCCUCUGGAAGAAGCGAAGAGUCCUUAUCAAAAGUUCUUCUCAAGGUCAGUGAAGGAGGUGCGCGAGCACGUCGAUCGGUUAAGGAAGAAGAAGUUUCACACACUAUCAGAAAAGUGCAUUGAAGAUUUCGUUAAAUAUCUCGAUGAAAACGACCUCCGUUCUCCUAAGAUCACAUCUGAAACACUCAACAAGUUAUUCACUAUAGAUGUCGCUACUCCAGCUGAGAAAGCGUUCACCUUAGAUCCGAAAGAACUACCUUCGGUGCCCAAAGAGAUAGCAGAGUUGUAUAACGAACCACAUUCUUCGAAGCGUGCAGCACUGCACCAGCAGAUAAUGUGGGACAUCAUAUAUGAAAAAGGGAAAGAACGGAAGUUGGCGUUCGGUUCUCUGCUGCCAAAGGUGAGGAAACCCUGGAACAAAAACACCAAAGAGCGAUGGUUCCAACCUCCUGGCCUCGAUUGGGAUGCCAUCACCGGCAAGGAUCUUUGGAAGGAUCUCCUUCACACUGAAAUUUUGGAAGAUUUCGGCAAAUGGCUUUUGGAAAAUCCGGAGUAUCCUAAACCGGAUUAUCUAGUCGAUAUAGGAUUUUUCGAACACCUCAAAGAAAAACAAAUCAGUGAUGCAGAAAGGGUUAGUAUGCCGGUCCGUAACGAGGAGCAUUUCCUGGCCAUUAUGCAGAAGAUGAAUCGCCCGCUGAGCCUCGACUUGGACGAAGAAAGGUUCAAGAUGCUGCCGAGGUACGAUGAGCUGAAAGAGCAGGCAUUGGACCGGGUCAUCACUCAAGAAGGCAUUGAAGAAUUCGAUGGCAAAGCGUUCCUCGCCUCUUUGCAGCAAUGAUUCGACAGUUCGGAGACAAAAAUAAAUAUAGAAGUUUUAAAGAGUAAAUUAAAAUUCAAAC